CGACUCUUCCAGGGUCGCGCGGUCGGGGUUCUAGGCACGCGUCCCGAACAGCCACUAGUUAUCUACGAGUUUGAAAACUGCCCUUACUGCAGGAAGGUUAGGGAAGCGCUUACGGUGCUGGACCUGGAUGCAGAAAUUCGGCCCUGCCCGAAACGGGGCAAGAGGUUCAGAGCGGCGUUGCUGGAACAAGGGGGGAAAGAACAGUUUCCUUACUUGAUCGACCCGAACUCCGGUAUUGAGAUGUACGAGUCAGCUGCAAUCAUGCGCUACUUGUUUGACCGAUACGGUGAUGGUCAGAUACCCAUGCUAAUGAGCGGGCCGGUAACCAGCCUGACCGCGCCAUUGGCAUCUGCUUUGCGCGGCGGCAAGGGCAUGUACGUCGAGCCGUCGACCCGACCGAGCCAACUGCUGCAACUUUGGUCGUUGGAAGCCUCACCGUACUGUCGCCUGGUCCGGGAGAAACUCUGUUCGCUUGAGCUGCCAUAUCUGCUGCACAGCUGUGGCAAGAAUAGCCCAUGCCGAGACUCUUUCGUCGAGCGUAGCGGAAAGAUGCAGCUACCCUGGUUAUCGGACCCAAACACCGGUCACACUUCGUUCGAAUCCGCUGCUAUCGUGGAUUACCUUGAUAGGACCUAUCGAAAAUCCUGA